AUGCCGACGGCAACAAAGUUCCCCGGCUUCAAGGCAAUCAUCAUCGGCGCCGGCCCCACGGGCCUGUCCGCAGCCCACGCGCUGUCCCUCGCCGGCGUGGACUUUGUCGUGCUCGAGCGCCGCGGCCAGAUCGCAAAGGACCAAGGGGCCAGCCUCGUGCUCGCCCCGGGCUCGAUGCGGGUGAUGCAGCAGUUCGGCCUCCUGGAAGCGCUGGACGAGGCCGGCUGCGACGUGGUCAGGAGCGUCGCGUUCACCAGGGAGGGCGAGGUGAUGGGCCGAACUGAGACUCAGCUGGUCGUUAAGGAGUGUCACGGUACAUGCCCGAUCUCCUACCACAGAGCAGAUCUAAUCCGGAUUCUCUACGAGGGCCUGCCGGCCGAGAGCAAGAGCAAGAUCCUGCUAGGCCAGCAGAUCACCGACAUUCAGCACGUUCACGGCCGCCCGGAUAACAACAGCGACCACGGCGGUGGUGAUGGGGUCAGAGUGACUUGUGCCGACGGCACCGUGCACACGGGCUCCAUCAUCAUCGGCGCCGACGGAGUCAACAGCCUCGCACGCAAGACGAUGCGGCGGCUUGUGCUGGACGGCGCCGUGGGCGGUCCCUUUGACAAAAAUGGCAAGUCCGGAAAGCCGACAAAAGCCUCCGGACCCGUGUGGGAGGACCCCGAAGACCCCUUCGAGAGCACAUAUAGGUGUCUCUGGGCGACCUUUCCCAACCCCGAUGGCAAGACGGGUGUGAACUGCAACUCUCAUGACGUGGGCCGGUCGACAAUGUACAUCAGUGGGACCGACCGGGCGUGGUUGUUCUUGUACGAGGAACUGCCUGAAAAGACCAACUCUCCGGGGGUCAAAUAUACCGAGGAGGAAAUACGGACCGCGGCGGAGGAAUUUGGAGAGUAUUUCAUCACCGAAGGGGAUGAUGUGACCGGCACUCGGGCAGAAGGACUCAGGGUCAAAGACGCCAUGGCGAGAGCCACCAGGAUGGGCAUGACCAAUAUAGCCGAAGGGGUCGUCAAACACUGGAGCUUGGGACGGAUCGUGCUCGUCGGCGAUGCCUGCCACAAGUUCACGCCCAAUGCGGGUCAGGGGUUCAACACGGGGCUGCAGGAUGUCGUAGUGCUGUGCAAUCUCCUGAAGAAAGCGCUCGUUCAGCAUCACCGAGAUCAUCCGCAGCAGACGACGACGAAGACGACAACAGUAGCACCACCACAGCUGCCCAUGGCCACUCUGGCGGCCUUGUUCAGACAAUAUCACGACGCCCGCCAGGAGGAGACCGCUUCGAUGCUGGAGCUCUCGGCCACUUACACGCGCAUGCAGGCCAUGGCGGGAUUUUGGUGGCGCUUGCUCGGCUGGGUUACGUUGACGCCCUGGGUCCAGAGCUUCAUGGUCCGCAAGGUCGUUGGGCCAAGGACAGCAAAAUCAGCUAUCCUAAGCUACGUGCCAUUCAAGGACAAGUACGUCGGGUCAUUGCCAUGGGCAAUGACUUGCAGCGAUGAAGGAAGCGAGUAG